AUGUCCCACGAGUGCGCCCCCUCGCUCAACGCCGCCUUUGGGUGGCAAGACCCUCCAUACCCUCGCCAGGAAGGCGACGUUUUCUACCCCACGGUCGGCACAAUUACUCCGCCGCAGUUGACCGGGGAAUAUGCCCCCCAAAAUCAAGGCGCGCCCGUUUCAUCCGUGGAGCAGCAUUCCUUCAUGAUGGAGGAAUGCCGUACUAUUCUGGGGAGGGUCCUCGCCACCAACGCCGCUCUGGUGAAGGUCGUGGAGGCUCUGGAACGACGCGUGGAAGAUCUUCAAAACAUCGCCGAAGCUCGCUCCGCCCGCCUUCAAGAGCGAAACUUGGACCUCGUGUCCUCUCUGAUGCUCAUUGCGGACAAUCUGUCUCAGCGGGCGGACGAGCUCGAAGACGGCCACCCCGCUCCGCACUCAGAUCGGGGACGUGUCGCGGAAGGAUGCCAGGGUCAGAGCGGGGUGUUCCGUGGCCUUCGUCGAGUAACUUUUUGGAGAGGUUGGCGGGACCAGUGUAUCCCUGGGAGAGGUGGGACUGAGGAUGCAGUACUCGUAUAUCCCCUUUUUUCGCACGUCUGCUGUACGAUUGCGACCCCACUGCCGCCCUCACCUCUGCCCCACCCGCCCGGUAUGCGGCAUACGUCAUGCAUCUUCGCGACGUCCCCUGCCCUGGGUCGAGGAUAUUGGGUUGCCGUGAAAUCUUCUGGCCUGUUGAGUAUCUGCGUUCCCGGCCUCGGGGUCCCGCUCCAUCACACGAGAAUGAAGCAAUACACGUGGUCAUAG